UCUUCUCCAGGAUUCAGCUCGCUUCCCUCCUCGUCUCAGUUCUCCUCUCUCUUCCCACUCAAGUGCAUCUGAUCCGUCUCUCUCUCCGGCACAACUCCUCUGUUUCUAAAAAACUCUCGGAGGAUGACUCCUUUAGAAACCUCCAGCCACAGACCCCUGUUCCCCAGCUCAUGGCUGCACAGGACGACUCAACUCUCUUGGGCUUCCCUCGCGCGGACCUGCCCUCUCUAAAGUGGAUCCACAGACCAACAGCUGGUUUCUUUUAGGAAAAGGACAAGUUCAUUCAGACCUCGUCUUUCAGCCUACAAGAACCUUGAAAACAAGACCUUCAGAGCUGAAGCUUUCAGUCUGCUAGAGGAAGUAUAGACAAUCAUAUAUAAAGAUGGAGCAGGAGAUUUCCAAAGUGCAGCGUAAGAUGUCAGACUUGGAGUCAGUUUUGCAGCAGAAAGACGUGGAGCUCAAGGCUUCAGAAACCCAGAGAAACAUCUUAGAGCAAGACCUGGCAACCUAUAUCACCGAAUGCAGCAGUUUGAAGCGCAGUUUGGAGCAGGCCCGCAUGGAGGUUUCGCAGGAAGAUGAUAAAGCUCUUCAGCUACUGCACGACAUUCGGGAGCAGAGCAACAAGCUGCAGGAAAUUAAAGAACAGGAGUACCACGCUCAGCUGGAGGAGAUGCGAGUGUCUAUCCGUCAGCUGGAGGAGAAUCUGUCAGCCGCCCGCCGCCGCAGUGACCUGUACGAGUCUGAGCUCAAAGAGUCCCGUCAGACCAGCGAGGAGCUCAAGAGGAAGGCGGUGGAGUACCAGCAGAAGAUCCAGAAGGCUAAAGAACAAGGGAAAGUUGAGAUGGAAGAGCUUCUGAGCAAACUGCAGAAGACCAAUGGAGAGCAACAAGUAAAGAUUGAAGAGCUCCAGGAGAAGCUUGCUAAGGCAGUGAAUGCGAGUACUGACGCCACUGAACUCCUCCAGAACGUCCGUCAGGCUAAAGAGCGAAUGGAGCGAGACUUGGAGCGUCUACAAACCAAAGAGGAUUCAUCCGACAGCCUGCGCAGACGCUUACGAGAGACAGAGGAUGGCAAGAAAUCCCUGGAGAACCAGGUGAAGAGGCUGGAGAUGGUGGAGCGGAGAGAAUCCAAACUGAAAGACGACAUUCAGACCAAAUCGCAGCAGAUCCAGCAGAUGGCCGACAAAAUCAUGGAGCUUGAAGAAAAUUUGCGGGACUCGCAGGCGAUGGCGCAGCGCAUGGAAACACAGCUGGAGCAGAAGGAAAAGCUUUUUGAAGACAAGAUCAAGGUUUUAGAGACUCAAAUGAAGGCUGAUUUGGCUGAGAAGGAUUUGCUGGAGUCCAAACAGAGCACUUUUGAAGAGGAGUCUCGCGAACGAGGAAAAGUGAUCAGCGACCAGAAAGCGACGAUCAAUGCCAUGGAGUCAAAGAUGACCAGUCUGGAGCAGAGGAUCGCUGAGCUGUCCGAAGCCAACAAACUGGCAGCAAACAGCAGCAUAUACACACAGAAGAACAUGAAAGCCCAGGAGGAGAUGAUUUCUGAACUCAGACAGCAGAAGUUUUAUCUGGAAUCUCAGGCUGGAAAACUGGAGGCCCAGAAUGCAAAGCUGGAGGAGCAUCUGGAGAAACUCACACAACAAGAGCAGACAAACAAGAGCCGAGUGCUGGAGCUGGAGGCCAGGCUGCGAGAGAUCGGCCUGGAGCAUGAGGAGCAGAAGCUGGAGAUCAAGCGUCAGGUGUCGGAGCUCACGCUGUCUCUGCAGGAGAGAGAAGCUCAGAUCAGCAGUCUGCAGGCGGCGCGCCACGCUCUCGACAACCAACUACAGCAGGCCAAAACUGAGCUAGAGGAGACCACCGCUGAGGCCGAAGAGGAGAUCACCGUCCUGAGGGCCCAUCGGGAUGAAAUCCAACGCAAGUUUGAUGCCCUGCGAGACAGCUGUGCGGUGAUCACGGAUCUGGAGGAGCAGUUGACGCAGCUGACGCAGGAAAACGCAGAGCUGAACCGACAGAACUUCUACCUGUCCAAACAGCUGGACGAGGCCACAGAUGAGAACGAGGAACGCCUGCAGCUCAAGCAGGACGUGGAGCGCCUCAGGAGAGAGGUGGCAGACCGAGAGAUGCACCUCAACAACCAGAAACAGAACAUUGAAACGUUGAAGACGACGUGUACGAUGCUGGAGGAGCAGGUUAUGGAGCUGGAGACUCUGAAUGAUGAGCUGAUGGAGAAGGAGAGGCAGUGGGAGAACUGGAGAUCUGCUCUGGACGAGGAGAAAAACCAGGCCGAGCGCAGAGCCAGAGACCUGCAGAGACAGCUGGACAGCGAGAAGCAGAACCGACUGCGUGCAGAACAGAGAAACUCAGAGUCUCGGCAGGCCGUGGAGCUGGCGGUGAAAGAGCACAAAGCUGAAAUCCUGGUGCUUCAGCAGGCGCUCAAAGACCAGAAACUCAAGGCUGAGGGUCUUUCUGAUACUCUGAGUGAUCUGGAGAAGAAGCACGGCAUGCUGGAGAUGAACGCUCGCAGCCUGCAGCAGAAGCUGGAGACGGAGAGAGAGAUGAAGCAGAGACUCAUGGACGAGCAAGCCAAACUGCAGCAGCAGCUGGACAUGCAGAAGAGCCACAUCUUCAGACUGACUCAAGGACUGCAGGAUGCGCUGGACCAGACCGACCUGCUGAAGACUGAGCGCACAGACCUGGAGUACCAGCUGGAAAACAUACAGGCGGCGUAUUCUCACGAGAAGGUGAAGAUGGAGGGGACGAUCACCCAGCAGACCAAGCUUAUAGACUUCCUGCAGGCCAAGGUAGAGCACCCCUCUAAGAAGAAAAAGGGGCUGUUUGGCGGCCGGCGGCGGGAGGAUCUGCUGGCGGCGCUGGCGGCUCAGGGACAGACGCAGAUGCCCGUGGUGCCCGCCGCCGCUCCUGUGCCCCUGCAGUACAGCGACCUGAAGGCGGCGCUGGAUAAAGAGCGAGCCCGAUGCUCCGAGCUGGAGGACGCCCUGCAGAAAACACGCCUGGAGCUCAGAGAAGUUCAGUUUAAUAAAGCUAUGGAGCACAGCUCUUCUCCAGCCACUCCAGGUUUGGCCCGUCAGCAGCUCAUGAUGUCCACCAAGUCCAACAAGUCUCCAGAGCACCAGCCCAGUGGGGGCCUGAUGUCCUCAAACUCCAGCCGCAUCCGCAAAGACAACGCCAAUCCUGAAGAAAUAAGGAGAGUCACUUCUGAAAAGUACACCAGACGUGUAAAGGACAGGAUUCAUCACAACACUCCUCACCGCUUCACGCAGGGACUCAAUAUGAGAGCGGCUCGCUGUACUGUGUGUCUGGACACGGUCCAUUUUGGACGUCAGGCUGCAACAUGCAUUGAAUGUCACGCUUUGUGUCACCCGAAAUGCUCCCCGUAUCUCCCUGCCACCUGCGGCGUUCCCACUGAAUAUGCGCUGCACCUCUCGGAGGCUCUGUGUCGGGAAAAGGGAAGCACUUCCGGCCUGAAAGACAUGGGUGGACAUAUGAGGCUUGAAGGAUGGCUGAAGCAGCCCAGGAACGGGAAGCGUGGUCAGGGCUGGGAGAGGAAGUACGUGGUGCUGGAUGGAUAUAAAGUGAUUACCUACGAGACAGAACCAAGAGACGAGUCAGUGAAGGCGCUGGAUGAGUUUGAGUUGUGUCUCGCUGAUGGAGAAGUGACCGUUCAUUCUGCUGUGGGUUCCUCUGAGCUCCCCAACACCGCUAAAACAGAUGUGCCGUACGUGUUGAAGCUGGAGUCGUCUCCUCAGUCCACUUGCUGGCCCGGUCAGACUCUGUACCUCAUGACCUCAGGAUACUCAGAGAAGCAGCGCUGGGUGGCCGUGCUGGAAGCCAUCGUGGCCAGCAGUCGCGGAGCCAGAGAGAAAGCUGAAGCAGAUGCUAAACUAUUGGGUAACUCUUUACUCAAGCUAGAAGGUGACGACCGUCUGGAUAUCAACUGUACCCUCCCGCUGACCGACCAGAUUGUGUUGGUGGGCUCUGAGGAGGGUCUCUACGCACUGAACGUGAUUAAGAACUCCCUCACUCAUAUCCCCGGUCUGGGAUCCGUGUUUCAAAUCCACAUUAUCAAAGAUCAUGACAAGCUGCUGAUGAUCGUGGGAGACGAGCGAGCGCUGUGUCUGGUGGAGAUUAAGAAGGUGAAGCAGUCUUUAUCCCAGUCUCACCUCCCCACAUUGCCCGAGAUUGUGCCGUAUAUCUUUGAGACCGUCAAGGGCUGUCAUCUGUUUGCCUCGGGCAGGAUAGAAAAUGGCCCCUGCAUUUGUGCUGCGAUGCCCAAUAAGGUCACGAUUCUACGAUACAAUGACAAUCUUAACAAGUUCUGCAUACGGAAGGAGAUUGAAACUCUGGAGCCGUGCAGCUGCAUCCACUUCACCAGCUACAGCAUCAUCAUUGGUACCAAUAAAUUCUACGAGAUCGAGAUGAAGCAGUGCGUUCUGGACGAGUUCCUGGACAAGAAUGACGUGUCAUUGGCGUCGGCUGUCUUCACUGGAUCCUCCCACAGUUUCCCCAUCUCUAUCGUCCAGGUGUCCAGCACUCCACAGAAGGAGGAAUAUCUGCUGUGUUUCCACGAGAUCGGAGUUUUUGUGGAUGCUUACGGUCGAAGAAGUCGCCCUGAUGAUCUGAAGUGGAGUCGACUUCCCCUGACGUUCGCCUUCAGAGAGCCGUAUCUCUUCGUGACCUACUUCAACUCUCUGGAUGUUAUUGAGAUUCAGGGACACGCAGCUCUUGGGCCUCCCAGUCUGGUUCAUCUGGACAUUCCUAACCCACGUUAUCUGGGUCCAGCCAUAUCGUCUGGUGCCAUCUAUCUGGCCUCGUCCUACCAGAACAAACUGCGGGUGAUCUGCUGUAAGGGCAGUCUGGUGCGGGAGUCUGGAGAGCUUCAGAGGACUGGCUCGAGCAGGAGUCAAAGCAUCAUGCAUUUACCCGAAUCUCCACAGCAGCCCCAACAAGCGCGGUCCACCAACAUACAACGAGCACAUCUCCAAACGUCUGGCCUCGAGUCCUGGAGCCCAGGAGGGGCCCCUGCACCGCGAGCCCAGCACCCCUCACCGCUACCGCGAGGGCCGCACAGAGUUCCGGAGAGACAAAUCUCCAGCCCGGCCCCUGGAGCGAGAGAAAUCCCCGGGCCGUCCGGUGCUAGACAGCCGCAGAGAGAGGUCACCCGGUCGCUUCGAGAGCAGCGGCAGCGAGAGAGACCGCGAGCGGACACGACUGCACACUAGCUCUGUACGCACCCAGCUGACCCCCGUCAACAAGGUUUGGGACCAGUCUUCGGUCUGAGAGCGUUCCCGGAUGGAUGACGGAUGGAUACUUCCUGCGUAGAUGGACGUGCCCUUUUAACAGGUGCUUGGUAAAACUCUGAACGAUAUCAUCUCAUACCUGUAAAAGUGAACAGAGCCAUGUUGUUUCACUCGCAGCCCCAGGGCCUGGGACAUUGUGCUGAUGUUGUAAAACUCUGUCCAUGCUGUUAUCAUCACGAAAGUCCACGGGCAAGAAUAACAAGGACUUUCUUUUGUUUGUUUUGUUUUUGGAGAAAGACUUUAAGGAAUAUUCCAGGUUCAGUAAGGUAAGCUCUUUCAACAGUAUUAAAUGGCAUGAUUCCCACAAAUUCUUUUGACUUAAUUUCUUUUUUUGUAAAAAAUGUUGGUUACAGUAAGAAAUGAACAAUUAAAUAAUACAGAUCAUUUGAAGCAGAGUUUCCCCAAAAUACAAGUUUUUUUUUUGUGCAAUUUUUAUUUGAGAGAUAAUAGACUUUUUUGCUUCCAUAACAUCUCUCCUUAUUGACGAGUUGAAAGAAAACAUAGAAAAUUAGUAAUUUUAUUGCAGAUUAUCUAUCUGAAAUCUCCACUUUAGUAGCACUUGCUCCAAAUCCUUUAUUUGUCUGAAGAACUGAUUACACCAAAGUAUAUAUAAAUCUAUUCCUAAUAAUAUUCUAAUGAUAUAUGCCAAAGUUUACAGUGUUAUUAAAAGCUAUAUUCUUAUCACCUGCUCCAUUGUGUACAGCUUUAUUGUGUACAGUCCUAACUAGAUUCUGAUUACCUACACCAAAGUUUAGUUUUAUUCCUAUUUAUAUUCUGAUU